AGACGUCGUUACUUUCGUGUCAGGAACUCGGAUAGCUUCUGAUCGUCAGCCUUCCUUCACCGUAGAUUCCGUCUCUUUGCACUCUGCCAUCCCGGUCGUGUUCCCGCGCCUUUUAUAACAUCGAUUUCUUUCCGAAUCCGCGGUUUGCGCUCUUGGUGUUACUAAAUUAAACUGCGUGCGUCUUCCAACCAUGGCCUGGUCUUUGCCGCGCUUGGGUCUAGUCAGCACGCAACACGGGCGCAUCUAUUUAGUAAUCCGUGCGUCCCCGUACUGACAAAAGCUUUUGAAUGUUGUCGAUGGCAAUUUCUAUACCUACUCUACUGCAAAAGAUAAAAAUAAAAAAUAACACCUGAUAGUAGAGGAAUUAGGAGGAAGGAAGGAGUUGUUGCUAUUGCAUGUUGCAUAAAUUCAAAAAUAGAUCCAGACUUGACUGUGUCUAAUUCCACUCACUCACAGGCAUGGCUGCUCAUCUCAUCGUUCUUUUCCUCUUCAGUGUGCUAAAAGGAGUUCACAGCAUAACUACAGUCAGUAAAGUCUCAGUGAAAGCUGGAAAAUCUAUCUCCAUCCCAUGUCUCUAUCACUACCAAUACACAGACCAUGUGAAGUACUUGUGUGAAGGUUAUUAUUGGAUGUCCUGCAGCUAUGCAGUGAAAACAAAUGAAGCAGACCCUUCAGGAAAGUAUUUAAUCUCUGAUGACAAAAAACAUCAAAUUUUCACUGUGACUAUAAACAAUCUGACAAAUCAAAACAGUGAUUACUGGUGUGGACUGGAGAAUACAGCACUAGAUAAUAGAGCGUAUUUUCAGCUGUUAGUUACCAAUGGUACUCCAAGUCUCUAUGUGGAUCAUCAGAGGAUUACAGGAUAUAUUGGAGAAAACAUAACCAUCAGAUGUCACCACAGUAACUCUGGAGAAAUGAAGUGGUGCAGGCUGGACAGGAACUGUGUGACAGGAUCAUCUGGAUCUAUGGAUGGAACAACAGUGAGCACUGAUAUGAGAGACCCAAAUAUUUUCACAGUGACCAUGAGUGGACUAAAGUCAAAUGACAGUGGCUGGUAUUGGUGUGCUGAAGGGGACAUUCAGAUACCAGUAUAUUUAACUGUUACUGAGAAAUUUAACACUACCACUACCCCUACUACUAUCAGUAUUACUUCUCAUGCUGUUGCUGGAAAUGGAAAAUUGACUACAAUGGAGCAAUGGAAUAAUUUUACAAUUGUAGAAAAUAAACAACACAGAGCUUCAUUUCCCCCAAAGAUCCUCAUCAUCCCUCUGAGUGUUUUGAUCAUGAUUGUAAUUGUGGUGCUGUUCAUCUGGUUUAUACUCAGACACAAACAGAGCAAAGCAGAAUCAUCAGCCACAGCAAUGGUUGGAGAGGAAGUAACAUACUCUGAAGUUAGAACCAAGAAAAAAUGUUCACCCAAGGCUGUAACCGAAGUAACAUACUCUGAAGUCAGACCCAUGAAAAAACGUUCACCCAAGAGUUCAUUUGCUGAAAGUGACAUGGAACUCGUGCACAGUUCUGUUGUUGAGAAACAGCGUAAUAAAAGGGCUGAAGGAAAAGAAACAGAAGUUACAUACAGCACAUUAGCUAAUCUCUACUGAAAUGCUUUGACAUUCAAACUCUUUUGUGUGUAUUUUAGUCUGUGUGUGUUCUUUCAGUCUUCGUCAGAUCGUCUGUGUUACCACCCAUCUCGGCUUGUCAAGGUUUUUUCAUGACUUUUUGUUCUGGGCAUGUUCACGUUUCUAGUUCAUGUUUUUUGAUGUCAUAGUUCCUCUCAUGCCCCAGUGCAAAAUCAUGUUCAUAGUUGUUCAUAGUCUGUCCUAGUGUUCCCAGUUUAGGAUUUAGUUUAGUUUUCGCUACGGCCCAUGUUGCCUUGUUUUGUUUCUUGUAAUCAACCGUAAUAAAGGCUUGUUUUUUCUUUAACACUCAAGUCAAGUUCUU